UGUGCAGUGCGCGCACACAUGUGCCUCUCUCAGUGAUGUGAGAAAUCAAGAGGGACGCAUCUCUUAAGCCUCCUUGAGGUGGGAUUUCAAUUUGACGCAAAACGUAGCGCGCAUCUUCGCUCUCACAUAGGCUACUCUCCUUGCAUGUGUGUGAGUGUGCGCGCGUGUGUGCGCGUGAGCGUGUCCGCUCGCUGCAGCUCCAGCGUUGGGCAAACCCUCUCACUGCUGCACUUCAGCCAAUGUGGAACAACUCGUCCGCCUCGCAUGGCUCCUAAAGAAGCGGAUAUGCCCCAGUGCCUCGGGAGACUGACGCCUUCACUGUCUUCCUCUCCUCCGCAAAUGGUCCUCUUGGGGAGUUAUGGUCAGUAAGGAGGCAGGCCGCUGCACUCUGUCAAGCUCAGAGUCUGACUCGGAGUCUGGCGGGCCUUCGCUGGAACAGAGCGGAGCAGACUCGGUACGCAAGCGAAACAAAGCCCUGCAGGUGCGCUUUAAAGACAUCUGCGAGGCGCAGAAUGAGGCCGCCCAUCGAGGUGCCAGAAACCACUCUGUUUCCUGCAAGGUCAUCCACCGGAGGUACAUGACCAUGCCGGCACGCCGUUCCAUCCCGAAUGUCACCAAGAGCACAGGUGUGCAAACCUCACCCGACUUGAAAAAGCGCUACCAGACUUUCCCCUUCGAGCGCAAGAAGGGAAACGUCAUCAAACACACCGCUCUGGUGGAGAACUACCCGGGUCAAAACAACGGCUUUCUCAGUGACGUGAAGGGUGGGGAGCGAGCGGAAAGGUGCGACGGACGGGUGCAGCAGACCCGAGUGUUGCUCCACACUACUCCGCAGUGCAGCGACGCAAAGGACUUAUGCGCCGGGCUAGACUGCUCGGAUGGAAAACCCUGCCCUGAUCCAUUAGAUACGGUCUCUGAUCAGUCGGACUCAAGGAGAGACGCCAACAUCCCGGGGAGUGGGGCCAAGCACAAAGGAUUAUCAAGUGAGAGCGAGGCAGGGGCAGGCCAGCAGCCCAACUGUGCCUCCUCAACCACGCCGACUCAACCUCUGCAGGUCAGGGGUGACUGUUCAAAGAUUUCCGGCCCUAUUGCAUGGACGUCUUUGACACAAGUUGAAUGCCUGGAGAGUCCCUCAGGGAGCUGCAAACGCAAAAAAGACACAGCACAGCUGAACGGAUUGCAGGGGCAGUCUCAGGCUUUGCCUCAUUCGGCGAGCUGUGCUUCCCAGGCCCACAUACAUGCCCACUGUCACAGUAGCCAAAAGUCUGGCACCACAGAGACCAGGCAGGGCACAAGGGGGCAGAUGAUUGCUCUCCCCGGGGCCGAUGGUAAUGUGAAAGCCAGGCUUCAAGCCAUGGAGGCUCUGAUCAGCUCCAGUCAAGAAACCAUCAAAGUGCUGCUGGGGGUCAUUCAGGAACUGGAAAGAGGAGAAGCACAGCGAGAGGGACUGUCAUAUCGAACUGGGCAGGACACAUCCAACUGUGACACGUGUCGUAACAGUGCCUGCAUCAUCUACAGUGUGGAACUAGAUUUUAAACUUCAAGAGGACAAACUGCAGCCCUUAAUGAAGAGACUGUGUCCUUUAGAAGAGCCGUGCUACCCGUCUCUGCCUUACACACACGAGGUGUUCACCUCCACACCCAAACGCAAGUCCAAGACUGAGACCAAGAAGCACGCUCGAUGGAAACUCUGGUUCCUCUAACAUAUGGAUUCAGGGAACCUUAAACCAUCAGGCCACCACAACGAGCAAAUUCUAGUGGAAUUCUGCUUCACUAAAUGGAUAAACAUGGAGAAAUGUUCACUGCUAGCCACCGUUUUGGAACAUGCAUCAUGGGAUCCAUCGAGUGACUGGAUUUUCAUAAGGAAUAACAGUUGUUUUCUAAUCAUGACCCUCUGAUAAACCCUCUGAGUUUGGGAACUGCUGAAUUCACCUGAUCUCACGUUUUCCAAAGGGAUUACACAAUGAUCCUUUGGUUUAGACAAGUUAGCAAGGUAAGAGAGCAGGGAUGUUUGUACUGUAGAUGUGUGUGUGUGUGUGUGUGUAUUGUUUCCCAUGUUUAACUCUGAUCUUUCUCUCUCCUUUCUACAUUUAUCCUGUUGUAUUUAGGGAACCUGCAGAGGCGACAAG